UUAUUAUUAUUAUUAUUACUUUAGACUAGAUGACCUGUGGAGGUCCCUUUCAGUCCUAUUUGUCUAUGGCUUCACAAGCUGUACAGUAGCUAGAGAUCCCUCUGCCCUCCUCAUGGGUGGCUCAUCCUUUUCUUUUACUUCUUCUCCAGAGUAAGCUGAUUUGAAGACAUGAAUUAGCAGUACAGGCGCUUCAUAUUCAGUCUCAUGUGUGCUGUGAAGGCCCCAGGGCACUGAGUAGAGCAGGCGGGCGGGCUGGGAGCGGGAUGGGGGCUGAGAGCUGCACCCUCGAGGGGUCCUGGUUCAAGAGACACUGUGCAAGCAAGUGCAGCUGAUGCAGAUCUGGGUCAAAAAAUAAAUGACUGUUGAAACACUCAAAUGUUUAGUAAAAAAAAAGGGGGUCUCUGAAAGCCUUGCCUUGUUUCCAGGGCUCUGUCAUCCAGUGCACUGCAGCUCUUACAGCCCUUUUGGUGCAUUUGGUCCUUCAUCGAACAAGGCGAUGGGAGCAGGAGAAAACCGCAGAAGGGCUUUCCCUGCCUGCCAAGGGAAAAGCUCAGAACAGUGAGUGUUUGCAAAUGGUGCCUACUUGCUCCCUAAAUCUGCUGCCCACGUCUCAGAGCCGGAUCUGCUGACUUUGGCCUUGCAGGGACGACUGCAUGAGAGCUGUAUCCAUCUCUCUGGGGCAGAAGCGGAAGCACUUUCUGUGUCCCGCCAUAACCCUGCCUGCACCCCCUUCCUCUGGAUCAGAGCCGCAGGGGAUGGCGUGGGAAGCAGACCGGGCCCCAGCCAGCCUCUUGGGCCCCCACAGGCACAUGCAGCAUCGGUGGCAAGAAACAGUGCAUGCUUUUGUUACUUGUAAGCUGAGCGCAUUUGCUUGAAAGUCCUUGAAACACAAUGAGACAUUAAUGUGGCUUGGAAAAUAACCAAACAAUUUGCUGCAAACCACUGGCCCGUAGGUGGAAGCUGGACCUGUUUAUGGAGAAGCAACCACUAGGUGCAAAGAAUGGGCAGUGCCAGCCUAGUAAUUACUUCCUCUCACAGACCUUUGAUUCCUCAUGGCUACUCCUGAGUUUAGAUGCCCCAGGGUUAUAUUGUGCAGCAAGAUGGGCCACCUUGACAAUAAAUGCAGUGUGAUCAAAUCUGGUGCUGGGACCUGCCGGUGCACUGAGGCGUGCCUGUGUCUUCUGCCUGGCCAUCUAAUCCAGACCGCCCCGCACAAGAACACUGCUUUACCAAGAGACACCCGAGCCCCUUCUCCUGGGAACUGGUUGCCCCUUGCCCCAGAGAGGUGACUCAUGAUCCUAAUUUUGCAGAGCACAAAGGGGAAAUGAUGCUCAAGGUCAUGGCCAGCCAGGGGCCCUGGGAGCAGAACCCCUAAGUCCCGGCCCUCCCAUGAGCUGCUGUGAGCGCUUGGGCCAAGUCCCUGCCAGGGCUUCAGGAGGGAAGGUGAAGCCGCUGCACGGCCGUGGCCCCGCAUGAAGCAGGCAGCGCGGCCAGGUGCAAAUCUUCGUUGUCAUGUCUCCAGUCCAACCUUUCUAUAGGGCCUGUUCCCAGUAUCCUGCUUCUGGUGUUGGUGUUGCCAGAUCUCGUGGUGUUGGUAUGGAGGGCACGAGAAUCCCCCCCACUGCUAACAAGGGUUUUUCCCACCCGGGUGCCAGGGGGGCAUUGUAUCAUGCCUCCCCCCAUUUCCACGCCCAGCAACGAGGCUAGAAAUAUCCUUUUCCGUAGUGAAAACAGAGGGUCUGGUGCAUUCAGGUGAAUCCCAGACCUGAGGUUCCCCAAAGAUGGCCCCCAGCCCCACGAGAUAAGAUGCAGGGGUUGGGGGGGUAGGACCAGGCUUUGCAGCAGGUGCAGGCCUGGAGUCUCGGUCCCUGCCAGGAGGGGCUGGUCCAGGCAUCUCCUCCCUCCUUCCCCCGCCAAGACUCGGCACGGCAAAGCCGGGCUCCUGCCUCCCUGCCCGUCAUCCCAAACCCCUCCUCACUAGGAGGGACCUAAGGGCUUUUCUGUGGCUCCGGUGGACAAGGGCACAGAGCCCCCCCCCGGAGCCGGGCCCUGCUCUGCCUGCCUGGCGGCUCAUGGGGAGCCGGGGGGCGGGUGGGGAGCGCAGCCUCCUGCCGGUGCCUGCGGACGAUGUGAUCGGGCCAGCCUCAGCUCCGUGUGGGCUCGCUCUGGGCAUCCACAGCCCUUGAUGAGGAAGCAGCAUGUUGACCAGCAUCGCCGAUGGGAUCCUGUGUUGCCUCACGGGCAAGGCGACCAGCGCGGUGGGGCCCCUGGACAGCGUCAAGUCCCGCGAUGGCUUCAGCUUCGUGGAGGUGAAGCCAGGGCGGGUGCUGCGGGUGAAGCAUGCCCUGCCAGCCCGGCCCAGAGAGGAAGCGGUGCCUGAGGACCCCGCGCCCGAGCGGGGCACGGUGCAUUGCAAGCGUAAGAUCACUGUGUACCGCAACGGGCAGCUGGUCAUCGAGAACCUGGGCGAUGCCCUGCGCGCCGAGAUCCUGCAGUGCCCCAAUGGUGCCGUGGAGCCGGCCAGCACCGUGGAGCUGGAGCUGGCCAAUGCUGCGGGCCAGGCCCCGGUGCCCACCCCUACCCGUGAGGCGGUGGCCCCCGGCCGGCACCGGAAGCGCAAGCCCAAGAAGGUGGUAAGCAUCGACUGCCAGAAGCGCAUCACCAGCUGCAAGGGGACGCAGGGCGACGUCGUGCUCUUCUUCAUCCACGGCGUGGGUGGGUCCUUGCACAUCUGGAAGGAGCAGCUGGACUUCUUCACCAAGCUGGGCUACGAGGUGGUGGCCCCCGACCUAGCCGGGCACGGCAGCAGCUCCGCGCCGCAGGUAGCGGCUGCCUACACCUUCUACGCCCUGGCCGAGGACAUGCGGGCCGUCUUCAAGCGCUACGCCAAGAAGAGGAACAUCCUCAUCGGCCACUCUUAUGGCGUGUCCUUCUGCACCUUCCUGGCACACGAGUACCCAGACCUGGUGCACAAGGUGAUCAUGAUCAACGGCGGGGGCCCCACGGCGCUGGAGCCCAGCCUGUGCUCCAUCUUCAACAUGCCCACCUGUGUCCUCCACUGCCUGUCCCCCUGCCUGGCCUGGAGCUUCCUCAAGGCCGGCUUUGCACGCCAGGGUGCCAAAGAGAAGCAGCUGCUGAAGGAGGGCAAUGCCUUCAACGUCUCGUCCUUUGUGCUGCGGGCCAUGAUGAGCGGGCAGUACUGGCCGGAGGGCGACGAGGUGUACCACGCCGAGCUCACCGUGCCCGUGCUGCUGGUGCACGGCAUGCACGACAAGUUUGUCCCUGUGGAGGAGGACCAGCGCAUGGCCGAGAUCCUGCUGAUCGCGUUCCUGAAGGUGAUCGAUGAGGGCAGCCACAUGGUGAUGCUGGAGUGUCCCGAGACCGUGAACACCCUGCUCCACGAGUUCCUGCUCUGGGAGCCCGAGACGCCGGCCCCAGAAGGGAAAGGAGGGGAGAAGAAAUGAGCCAGCCUGGGAGCGGGGCCACCCGGAGCAGAGGGACUUGGCACGAACACGGAGAUCUGGCUUGGCCCUGGUAUGGGGGCUGCAGGGGCAGGGCCUGGAGGGCACAGGCCAGAGGAGCCAGCAGACCUGGAGGUGGGGGCAGGCACCCCAGAGCCUCUCCAUCCCCUUCCUUGGCAGCAUCCCACCCCCCACCAUGCCACAGGGCCCUGCUCCCAGCAUGGAGGAGCCCAGCGGCUCCUUCAGCUGCAGAGGCUGAGAUCAGACCCGCUGUGCUGCAAUAGUACAGGGAAGGGGGUCUCAACUCCUGCACCCACAGGCCAGAGGCGGACAACACCCACGCACCUGGAGCUGCCUCCAGCCGGGGAAGCGGGUGCCUGCCCCCAGCCUGGGGGGCAUUGGCUUCCCCAGCCGGCGAAGCCUUUCCUGGCUACAGCUGAUGGCAACAGCAGCAGCCCACCCCCCUGCCCAGGAGGGGUGCAAGGACGGAUGGUGCAGCAUGCAUGGGUGCUGUGGCUGGCGGGGGAAGGAGAUGCUGUCCGACCUUGGGAACAGCCUUGGAGCUCGGGGUUGGGGAGUAGGAUGGUCCACCCGUGGCCCUGCCAGGGGCUGGGGCUGUGAGGAACCCCUUGUCCAGCCCCUUUUGUAACCAAUGGGGGAGACUCCCAGGAAGCCGAUUUGAAGCCCCCCUGCCCCAGGUCAGCCAGGCCAUGCACCGAGGAUGCAACGCCCCCACUCACGUCACUGAUCACCAUCACCCCCAGACGCCAGCGGCUCCGACAGAGACCCCGUCUAGCUCGCUGCCGCAGGGCCCAGGAGAGCGGCGAGGCAGCGUCCUGGCACUGUUGACACUGGAGGUCUCUGCCCGGAGGCGCCGGGAGUGAUUCAUGCCGGGAAGGGCUGGGGCAAAUCACUGCAGAAUAAUAAUAACCACAAGAGACAAUCA